AUGACGUGGCCUGGUCACGCCCUCGUAAGCGGUUUUCUACUAGGUCCUAUAAGCACAUGUUUAAGUCCUCCGCUCACGGUUUCUUCUCAUCGUUUCAUUGUAUUUAAUACAGUCAGCAUCAUGUCUGGAAGAGGCAAAGGCGGAAAGGGACUCGGAAAAGGAGGCGCGAAGCGUCAUCGUAAAGUGUUGCGCGAUAACAUACAAGGCAUCACCAAGCCCGCCAUCCGUCGCCUCGCUCGCCGCGGUGGUGUUAAGCGUAUCUCCGGUCUCAUUUACGAGGAGACCCGCGGUGUGUUGAAGGUGUUUCUGGAGAACGUUAUCCGUGAUGCCGUCACCUACACCGAACACGCCAAGAGAAAGACCGUCACCGCCAUGGACGUCGUGUACGCGCUGAAACGACAGGGACGCACUCUGUACGGCUUCGGAGGUUAA